UAGCGAUAGGUGGCAGCAGUCACACUGGCUGCUAAACAAAUAGCACGUAGGAAGCGGCGGCGAAGUAGCUCCAGUAACAAGCUGUGAAAGGUUAUUUACUUCACAGUGGCUGAGUUGAGGAGCGCCAACAUGCAGAGUUUGGUGGUGCAGGCACUGGCCAUGAGGCAGCUAGGAAGGUUGAACCCUCGCCACCUGCUCGCUGCUGGAUAUGGACUGAGGCAGACUGAAUGGUGUCCCAGGACCAUCCAUACACGGCAGCUGUGGGGCUGCUCUGCGUUCCCAGUGCUCGGCUGUCACAGGCCUGCUCUUCGUGGCAGAGACGCUGUCAGGAGUUGGUCUGUCCAUCACCUGAGGUUCAAAAGCAACAAGAAGAAAGCUGCUGCUAGGGCAACACAGGAAGAGGAGGAGGAAGAAGAGGACGAAAAGGAUCCUGAGGACAGCGAUUAUGAAGAUGAGGUGGAUCAGGACCCAAAUCUGCCAAAAGACUAUAAAGACAUGGAGAAAUAUGUGCAGUCCUUCCGCUAUGAUGUCAUCAUGAAAGCUGGCCUGGACAUGGCACGCAAUAAAAUUGAGGAUGCCUUCUAUGACAACAAGCUCAGACUAAAUGGACACAAACUCAUCAAGAAAAGUAAAACAGUGAAAGUUGGGGACACCUUGGACCUGCUGCUGUCGGAGAACCGAGAAACAAACACUGUCACUCUGAUGAGAGUCAUCCUCAAAAGGGUUUUUGGUGAAUCCAGUAACACAGACAAGUACAAAGUUGCCUUAAGGCGCUGGAAACUUAUAGAGCUAUCCAAGGAUGAGGCCUUAAAGCCAUGAACUCGAAUAGGACAGUACGGACUGUAAUACCAUCGGCCCCUAAAGGCCACAACACAGAGAAUUGAAGGCCAUCAAAUGGUAUUUGAUUGGUCUCUAACAAGCUGGAUCUAGAAUGGAUUAUACACGUAUGAUGUAAAGGUUAACAGUCAAUGGUUGUAGACAUGACGCAGUUGUUUGGGAGAAAGACUUUGAAUCUUUACCUUUCCCCAUGUUACUGUGAAACUCUCCGAAUAAAGGUGCACUUUGAAGUUUUGA